UUCAACAUGGCCUCCUUUUCACCCAACCCCUUCUCUACAAAGAAACGAAAUUAAUCAGAGAUCAUCAAACUCAAAUACUAACCAAAAAGCAAUCGGAGAUGGGGGUGGUGAUGAUCGACGGGACGACGGUGAGGUCGUUCGUGAACGACGAGGAGCAUUUCGUGAAGGGCGUGGACGAGGCGUUCGUGGCGCUGGACCUGAACCAGGACGGCGUGCUGUCGCGGUCGGAGCUGAGGCGCGCGUUCGAGUCGACGCGCCUGGUGGACACGGACUUCGGCGUGGACGUGGCAAUGUCGCCCGAGGAUGUGACGAAGCUGUACGACUCCAUCUUCGCGAGGUUCGACUGCGACAACAGCGGGACGGUGGACCAGAAGGAGUUCAGGGACGAGAUCAGGAACAUACUGCUGGCCAUCGCGGACGGCCUCGGCUCCAACCCUAUUCAGAUGGCGCUCGAGGAGGGCGAUCGGAAUCUCCUCAAGAAGGCCGCCGAUCUCGAGGCCUCCAAGACUGCUAAGCCUAAUUGAAUUCAUCAUCAUCUUUUCAUGUUUUACUUGUGUUGCUCUGUUUUUGUUUCUUUUUUUCAGUUAUUGUGGCAAAUGUGUGUUUGUGUUGUAUGGUUAUGGACCUUAUGGUAGUUAGUUUUCCUUGGAAUUUUAAUGUUUUUGAAUUUCUAAAUGUAUGAAUUGGUGUAAGACUUUAUUCUAUAUCCAAUCGAAUGACUCAAAAUUGAUGAUUA